CCAAUUUUACCCUUUAACACUGCAUGCAUAAUUAAACAACUUGAGGACCUCGCUCCUCUGAAAAUCAUCAAACGAUUAAAGCUUUAACGAUGGAAAGUCGUUAUAUUAUUUCUACUCUAUUCUUCAUUAUACAGAAUGGAUUUUUUGCACUGGCAAUAUCUCCGGACAUUCUCCGAUCUUCUAUGAGUACUCCCGACUUCCUGCACAACUUUGUACGAAUGCCAGAUGGAUCACGUCUCAACGUUUCCGACUUGGUGCAUGAAGAUGGCAACACGGAUGCUAUGCAUAUAAGUGGAGUCGGAACUGCUCGGUUGGCAUCUUAUGAUCGCUGUGAACCACGCUUUGUGACAGUUAUGUUACCGAAAGACAUGGACUCAAAUGUUUUGUUAUGGCCUCCAUGUACACGUAUUGAGAGAUGUUCAGGAUGUUGUCCCUCGGACGUGUUGGUCUGUGAGCCAGUACAAACAGAAUUGGUUACUUUCAGGGUCAUCAAAAACAUCAUGCCGUACCAGGGUUCACCCGAGUUUCAGUAUGGUGGAAUGAAGGAAGUCACUGUAGAGAGACAUACAAAGUGUGACCAACGAUGUCGUGUGAAGGCCCAUCACUGCAACCCAAAUAUCCACGACUAUUUAGAAAGGGACUGCAGAUGUCGUUGUAAAAAUCGUGUAACAUGUGCAUCAUCUAAACAUAUUUGGCGGGAAAACAACUGCAAAUGUGAAUGUGUACAGACAAAGCCAUGUACUGGAUUUGCUCGCUUUGAUGAGUCGACCUGCGAAUGCGCCCUCCGCCAGACUAUCAUGAGCGAAAUGACGGACGAAGAAAGAGAAGAGUUGAGAAAUAUUCUAUCCGGAAACGAAGAACGACCAGUACCGACGACGACGACAACGACUUCGCCAGCACCACAAGGGUGUUCUUCUAUGAACUGUAUUCAUGGAUGGACCCCGAGAAGAUGGGGCAACACUUGUAGAUGUUUUUUCGGUCGGCGGUAGCUAUAUAUAGAGGAACGUAGAUAAUUACAGAAUGGCAAUCCUUGUGAUUUAGAAAAAAAUAUUUAUUCAGAGAGACAUAGGGUCUCACAUGGUUGCCAAUUAUUUAGCCACAUAUGUCUUUCCUUAUAUAACAUCAAAAGGGUAAUAUAAUUGUUUAUUAUGUCAGUAUAUGCCUUAUUAUCUUAUGACUGCAUGGAUGACGUUCAUUGAUGUCAUUUCGAGAUUGUAAACAUUUCAGGUAAAUAAAUUGAAAGGAAGUUAUUA